GUUAGCCUAGUUUAGCACAAAGACUAAGCAGAGGGAAACUGUUAGCCUAGCUUCACUGGAUCGAUGUGGAUUCAAAGUGUUUGUCAGACGAACAUCGGAGCAGCGUGUGAAGCCUCAUGUAUCGAUCAGCUGCUCUGCUGGGAACCAAUCAGCUCCCAGUGUGUGUAAGUGAAUUAAACUGUGUGUGUGUAGGCCCCCAGGGCUUAAUGAAGUAGGAGGUUACAGCUGAGGCUCUGUAGGGAGGAUCGAUCAGAGGGAGAGAGUGGGGGAGGAAGGGGAGACAGAGACACUCUCUGCCUCGCACUUCACAUCAGCAGAUAAGAGAGAAAAAGAGAAGACACGAGAGAAGAGAAGAAAAGACGAGAGAAGAGAAGAAAAGACGAGAGAAGAGAAGAAGAGACGAGAGAAGAAGAGACGAGAGAAGAGGAGACGAGAGAGGAAGUGAAGGAAAAUGGAGAUUAACAGAAAAACUUGAGAAAACAAACCAGGAGCAGGGCCUUUAUUUUGAAAUGUUGUUUUGUUUUUUUGUUUUAAUAACUUCAGCAGAUUUGUUUUAAUUUGUGCAAUCACGAUGGCACGUUACCCGGUGACGGUGUUGAUGCUCGGGGUCGUUAUGGCGAUGAUGGUAACCCGGGUGAACGCAGUGCGAGUGGUGAGCGGUCAGACGGUGUGUUUGGGAGGGCCAAAGCGUCCCUGCUAUAAGAUUGCAUAUUUUCACGACGUGACGAGCCGUGUUGCAUUCAGGGAGGCGCGUCAGGCCUGCGAGAUGGACAGAGGGUCGUUGCUCAGCAUCGAGAGUCCGGCGGAGCAGACAGACAUCGAGAAUCUGCUGCAGGAGCUGCGUUCAGGAGCAGUGGGUGGUGCAGAAGGAGGUAUAGCGGAUGGGGAUUUCUGGAUCGGUCUGACUCGUGUGGACGGAGUCGAUCAGACUCAUCCUGAACUCAGCAACACCUUCACUUCCUGUCCACAGCUCUACCACUGGACCGACGGCAGUCUAGCUUCUUUCAGGAACUGGUACUUUGACGAGCCAUCCUGUGGAGGAGAGUCCUGCGUCGUGAUGUACCAUCAACCAACUGCACUUCCUGGUCUAGGCGGGGCUUAUCUCUACCAAUGGAACGACGACCGCUGCAACAUGAAACACAACUUCAUCUGCAAAUACGAACCCACAGGUAACACACCUGGAGGGCAGGGCACAGAGGCGACUACAGGUGGAGGUGUGGUCAGACAGCCUACAGGCAGCGAGAAAGUCCCCCCCCAGGUGACCAUGGCGGGGGCUUCAGGCAUGCUGCUGGUGUACGUCAUUUUACCCACAAUCCCCCUGCUGCUACUCAUCCUGGUGGCUUCUGGGACAUGCUGUUUCCAGAUGCUCAGUAGAAGUUCUCCUCGCACUAAGACGGCCGCCAACGCCGUCCACUCAACCCUGUGGAUCUCCGGGACGCCCAAACCAGACCAGGAGGUCUGACCUCAUAGUGACCUCACAGUGACCUCACAGUGACCUCACAGUGACAUCACAGCGACAGCCAAUCAUCUUCAUCGUGACAGACAGGUGGAGAGUUUAUGUUUUGUGUGUGUGUGUGUGUGUGUCGCUCCGCUACAGACCCAGCACCAUCUUAUGAAUCAGAAGUGUUUUUCUUUGAGACUCACAGACUCGUUUCUAAACAAACAUCAUAAUUUAUUCACGUGGUCAUCGUGCUUCUUGUUAAGACACCAGAAUGUUUGCAUGAAAAUCAAACAGGUGCUGCACAUUAAUUACUGAUGAGUUUGUCUUAAAGUCACAUAACGGCUACUCCAACUAUCAUAUCAGUGUUUGCGUUACCGUCAUAAAUCUGCAGUGUGAAGUGUCUGGGUCAAAGCUGAGAGUUGACAGCCGUGCACUAUCAUGCAAAUGACAUGUAACAUACACGUGAGCCCUGUGUAUGUAUAUAUAUGUUUCUAUAUGUGAGUCAUUUUAAUGUAUUUCUUCUCAUUUAAAAUCCCUGUUGACCAGGAAACAUUAGAAAUAUAACUCAGUCUCAUUCAGUCUGAGUCUGGGGAAUUACCAACACUGUAAAUGACCUUCGGAUUCCUGUCACCAUGGAAAUGCUUAAUACGUGAUUGAUCAGUUGAACCAUCCGCUAAGGAACAUCCACACUAACGUGUGCGAGUACUUUGUCAUGAAUAAAACGCUUUCUGU